UCUCUGGGCGGCAAUGGGGGAUUGAGAGCCGGGUCCCCCGCGCUGGGAAGGAAGCGCGGUGGCUGCCACCGCCACUGCCACCGCCCCGGAGUCCGGCGCCGAAGCUGCGGUCAGGCUAGCGGCGGGCACGGGUGCGGGCCGGGGCUGCUCGGCGCGGCACGGUGCUGUGCGGCGGCGCGGCGCGGCGGUGCGGGCUUUUCCCAGGCGCCCUGGGGUCGGGUGGCCCACAGCGCGACCGCGGCCACUAAGCGUGACGGGUUCCCGGCGGCAGCGGGCGUGCGCGCCCAGGGGCUGGGGGCUCCACUUUGCCCGCGCUCCCCUCGUUCGAUCCUGGGCAGGCAGCUUCGCCGAGAACAACAGCUCCAGCUGGCAGAAUCACCUCCUGAGACCGCAUCUUACUUGUGCCAAGGCUCUGAAAUGCCAACUAUGUCGAGGCCUGCACUUGAUGUCAAGGGUGGCACCUCCCCUGGGAAGGAGGAUGCUAACCAGGAGAUGAACUCCCUGGAUUACUCUAACCUGGGGGUGAAAGAUCGCAAAGCAGUGGCCAUCCUGCACUACCCUGGAGUUGUUGCUAAUGGAACCAAGGCCAAUGGGGUUCCCACUAGCUCCUCUGGAUCUUCAUCUCCCAUGGGCUCUCCUCCUACUACCCCUCCCACCAAACCCCCUUCUUUUAACCUGCACCCCUCCCCUCACCUGCUGGCCAGUAUGCAGCUGCAGAAGCUCAAUAGCCAGUAUCAUGGGAUGGCUGCUGCUGCUCCUAUCCCAGGCCAACCUGGGGAGGCUGUGCCCCAGCAAAAUUGGGGGUUGGGGGCUCAGGCGGGAGGGGCGGGGUCAGCCUCUCCUUCUGCCGGUGCCCAGAGUCCUGCUAUUAUCGAUUCGGACCCGGUGGAUGAGGAGGUGCUGAUGUCGCUGGUGGUGGAGCUGGGACUGGACCGAGCCAAUGAGCUGCCCGAGCUGUGGCUGGGGCAGAAUGAGUUUGAUUUCACUGCGGAUUUUCCCUCCGGCUGUUGAUGUCAAGUAGUGCCCCUAAAGAUGGAGGAAUAAAGCCACCAAUUCUGUUGUAAAUAAAAAUAAAA